AUGGUCGGAUUUAUCAUAAGUUUUAUCUUACUGUCUGCAAUGUUGCCAGCGCAUGUGCAAACAGAAAGAUUAAUGCAUGUAGACUGGUCUCCUACGUUGUUUACACUGCCUAUCCUGAUUACCUCUUUUGGAUAUCACAUUAUUAUUCCCAGUUUAACAACAUACAUGCAGCAUAACCGUAAAAUGCUUCGCAGAACCCUUGUGGUUGGAAGCAUUAUCCCCUUACUAAUUUACAUCUUUUGGGAAGCGAUAACCGUGGGGAUUAUUCCUCUUUCAGGAAAAGUGAGCUUAUUUAGCGCUUGGAGUUCGGGAGAAUCGAUCUCGAUGACUUUGUCUCGGGUUCUUGAUGCUCCUUUUGUCAGAGUUUCGGCUCUAUUCUUUUCAUUUUUUGCGAUUAUCACCUCAUUUUUAGGGGUAUCAUUAUCCCUUGCGGAUUUUUUAUCAGAUGGUCUUCGUUUGGGUUCAAAAGGAUUCAAGGGCCGGGUCCUUUCUGUGCUCUUAACGUUUAUCCCCCCGCUAAUAUUUUUGGUUGUCUACAAGAGGGGUUUUGUUGUAGCUCUUGAAUAUGCGGGAGCUUUUGUUGCAGUGCUUUUAGUGAUCCUUCCUUCAUUAAUGGUUCUUAAACUAAAAAAACCUAAUCAGUAUCAAUCUCCCUUAAAGAAAGCCCUCCUGUGUGUGAUCAUUGCCGCGGGGGUUUUGUUUAUUAUUGCAGAUGUCAUGCAACAAAAAGGGGUUUUUAAACCUCUUCUUGAGCGUUAUAACCAUGUUUCAACUUCAAUCUGA